AGCGCGCGGGGGGGGCUGCCCCGGGGCGGCCCCCCCACGUCGGGGCGCGGCGGGCGGCGGCGGCGGGAGCGCGUCCCGUCCGGGUCCCGAGGAGCCGCCGCCGCCGCCGCCGGUCGCCAACAUGGCGGACCUCGAGGCCGUGCUGGCCGAUGUCAGCUACCUGAUGGCGAUGGAGAAGAGCAAGGCGACCCCGGCCGCCCGCGCCAGCAAGAGGAUCGUCCUGCCCGAGCCCAGCAUCCGGAGUGUGAUGCAGAAGUAUCUCGAGGAGAGGAACGAAAUAACCUUCGACAAGAUUUUCAAUCAGAAAAUCGGUUUCUUGCUAUUUAAAGAUUUUUGUUUGAAUGAAAUUAAUGAAGCUGUACCUCAGGUGAAGUUUUAUGAAGAGAUAAAAGAAUACGAAAAGCUGGAGAACGAGGAAGAUCGCCUUAGCAGAAGUCGACAGAUUUAUGACACCUACAUCAUGAAGGAGCUGCUGUCUUGUUCGCAUCCAUUCUCGAAGCAAGCCGUGGACCAUGUGCAGUACCGUCUGUCCAAGAAACAGGUGACGCCCGCGCUCUUCCAGCCAUACAUAGAAGAAAUCUGUGAAAGUCUCCGAGGCAACAUUUUCCAAAAAUUUAUGGAAAGUGACAAGUUCACUCGAUUUUGUCAGUGGAAAAAUGUAGAAUUAAAUAUCCAUUUGACCAUGAAUGAUUUCAGCGUACAUAGGAUCAUCGGACGAGGAGGCUUCGGAGAAGUCUACGGUUGCCGGAAAGCGGACACUGGAAAAAUGUAUGCAAUGAAAUGCUUGGAUAAGAAGAGGAUCAAGAUGAAGCAAGGAGAAACAUUAGCCUUAAAUGAAAGGAUUAUGUUGUCGCUUGUGAGUACAGGGGAUUGCCCUUUCAUUGUCUGUAUGACCUACGCCUUCCAUACUCCCGAUAAACUCUGCUUCAUCUUGGACCUGAUGAACGGGGGCGAUCUGCACUAUCACCUGUCCCAGCACGGCGUGUUCUCCGAGAAGGAGAUGCGCUUCUACGCCACCGAGAUCAUCCUGGGGCUGGAGCACAUGCACCAUCGCUUCGUCGUGUACAGGGACCUGAAGCCCGCAAACAUCCUCUUGGAUGAGUACGGACACGUCAGGAUAUCAGAUCUCGGUCUGGCCUGUGAUUUCUCCAAGAAGAAGCCGCACGCGAGUGUGGGCACGCACGGGUACAUGGCUCCCGAGGUGCUGCAGAAGGGGACGGCCUACGACAGCAGUGCCGACUGGUUCUCCCUGGGCUGCAUGCUCUUCAAACUUCUCAGGGGCCACAGCCCGUUCAGACAACACAAAACCAAAGAUAAGCACGAAAUAGACCGGAUGACCCUCACCGUGGACGUGGAGCUCCCCGACACCUUCUCCCCUGAGCUGAAGGCCCUCCUGGAGGGCCUGCUGCAGCGGGAAGUCAGCAAGCGGCUUGGCUGUCACGGCGGCGGGUCCCAGGAGGUGAAGGAACACAGCUUCUUCAGGGGCAUCGACUGGCAGCACGUCUACUUACAAAAGUACCCCCCGCCCCUGAUCCCUCCCCGGGGAGAAGUGAACGCGGCCGACGCCUUUGACAUCGGCUCCUUUGACGAAGAGGACACCAGAGGCAUCAAGCUCCUGGACUGCGACCAAGAGCUCUACAAGAACUUCCCGCUGGUCAUCUCGGAGCGCUGGCAGCAGGAGGUGGUGGAGACCAUCUACGACACCGUGAACGCGGACACGGACAAGAUCGAGGCCAGGAAGAGGGCCAAGAACAAGCAGCUGGGCCACGAAGAAGAUUACGCUCUGGGAAAAGACUGCAUUAUGCACGGGUACAUGCUGAAACUGGGGAACCCGUUUCUGACUCAGUGGCAGCGUCGAUAUUUUUACCUCUUUCCAAACAGACUUGAAUGGAGAGGAGAGGGGGAGUCCCGGCAAAAUUUACUGACCAUGGAGCAGAUUGUGUCUGUGGAAGAAACUCAGUUUAAAGACAAGAAAUGCAUUUUGUUGAGGAUAAAAGGAGGGAAGCAGUUUGUCUUGCAAUGUGAGAGUGACCCCGAGUUUGUGCAGUGGAAGAAGGAGCUGACGGAGACGUUCACGGAGGCCCAGCGGCUGCUGCGCCGCGCGCCCAAGUUCCUCAACAAGUCCCGCGCGGGCGUCGUGGAGCUCUCGAAGCCGCCCCUCUGUCACCGGAGCAGCAACGGCCUCUGACGGCCGCGAGGGACGCCUGUGACCGCCGGGACGAGGGUCCCGGGGAAGACGGUGCCUGGAGUACGUCCUCACGGGUGUUCUCGGCCCUGGACGCGGAGCCUUUCGGAGGAGGAGGAGGCGGCGGCUUAGAGGAUGGACCCGCUCAUCCCGGUUCUUGCACCGCAGGGAAGACCCAGGCCGCGGGGAUGCUCCUGCUCGGGGUCGUGACCAUUCUCGGGGCUCGGGCGGCCUCCCUCCCGUCCUGGGGGGCCCCCCCGCCGGCCUCAUGGUUGUCCACACUCGAAACUACUGAGGACAAGGACUUUUUUUCUUGGCCACACACUCAUUUUGGUACCCAUGAACCUAGAACUGGAGACGAUCACUACUCAUCAGUUUUUACGUCUGAUAUCAAACAUAUCUUGGACUUGCCCGGAUGGCAUGCCACCGUCCGCAGUGUGGCGAACGGAUCGCCCCCGGGUCGCCAUAUUUUACCCAGAAACAGUCGCUGCGGGUUUUCUACGUCGUGGCUCCAGGCUACUGCCGAUGGGAGGCCAGCCGGGUGGUUCUUCUGUGCAUCUCAGACCCGGCUUCGUGCUGUCCUGGGUUUGAAAGCUGAAGAUGCUUUCUGGGACGGCUGUGCUUGGGCCCUCACCGUGCGCCUGCACCCCCAUGUGCGGGUCUGGCCCCCCCCCCCCCCC